ACCCUUUCUUUCCCAAUUUGCCUUCAAACCCAAAUCUCUCUCUCUCUGUCUCUCUCUUCUUAUCCUUUCAGUAUCAAAGCUGGUACAGACAAAACACCACAACACCAUCACAUAUAAAUAUAAAUAGUACUUAUCCAUUCACUAUUCUUGUUCUUCAACUCCUCUCACCCUAGAGGUUCUGUUCAAUUUGAUUUGAUUAUUAUUACAAGGAAAAAAAAAAUUAUGGGAAGGUCACCUUGCUGUGAGAAAGCUCACACCAACAAAGGGGCUUGGACCAAAGAAGAAGACCAACGCCUCAUCGACUACAUCCGCAUCCAUGGCGAAGGUUGCUGGCGCUCCCUCCCUAAACAAGCUGGGUUGCUUAGAUGCGGCAAGAGCUGCAGGCUCAGGUGGAUAAACUACCUCCGACCUGAUCUCAAGCGUGGGAAUUUCACCGAAGAAGAAGACGAGCUCAUUAUCAAGCUCCAUAGCUUACUAGGAAACAAAUGGUCUCUGAUUGCGGGGCGUUUACCUGGACGAACCGACAAUGAAAUCAAAAACUACUGGAACACCCACAUCAAGAGAAAGCUCCUCACCCGCGGUCUCGACCCUCAAACCCACCGCCCCCUGAACGAGGCCCCGGCCACCGCCACCGCCACCGCCGCGGCAACUUCUCGGCUAGAUUUCAGAAACGGGUCUCCACCGUUUUUGUCAGUCGAGAAAAUUAACAGCCUAAUGGAUCAAACCAACUUCAAGAACAACACCAACUCGACCAAUAACAAGAAGAUUUUGCUGUUCAAACCCAAGAAGGAAGAGGAGUACAACAACAACAAUAAUUUAGAAGAGGCGAAUUGCACCAGCAGUGGCACAACAACCGAGGAAGACCAACAACCACAGAAGCCAGAGAUCAUGUACAAGUGUGGUGACCUGAACUUGGACCUUUCAAUUGGGCUGGAACCGUUUCAGUCCGAGCCGACUCGGGCAUCCUCCGGGAACUCUGCCGAGUCAAAACUGACUCAGCGGACUCCUAAUAAUCACGAUAUGUUUGCACAGGCGGCGGCGGUGUGUUUGUGUUGCCAGGUGGGGUUUCAGAGCAGCGAGGCAUGUAGGAGUUGUCAGUGCACAAAUGGCUUCUACAGAUUUCAUAGACCCUUGAAUUCAUAGUCAUCUCUUCUUUUUUCCUUUUUGGGAUUAAAAAAAAAUCUAUGUUAUAGAUGAAUUUGGUAUAGUUAAGGUAAUUCAGUUGAAUUCACUUUGGAAGUGUAACUUUUAUUACAUAUAGCAAAGCACAACCUAUUGGUAUCUCCAUAUAA